AUGUGGAACCAACCCUUUCUGGAUCCUGUGCCUCAGGUAGUGACGACGCCCGUCAAACAUCGGAGGCCUGGGCUUGUCGAAUGCCUCGGAGCACAUCGCCGCUGGGUUGAUCAUGGCCUCGCGUUGCACGACGACACGCUGCCCGUGGGCACAGGACACUUUUUUGAUCGGCGUUCUCGGUUGGCAAUUGACCUCGUCACACUCUCGGCCGUGCCACAGGUGCUCUCCAACAAAGUCUACCUCCCGCUGGUGCGAGAACCGCAAGUUGUACGGGUGGAGCCGAGAUACGUGCAGAUUGGGCCAGGCACUCCGCUGCCACCGCUUCGCAUAACUGGCUCAGGCAUCAACACGGCCCUAGAUGGCUGCUGCACGAUCUCGACAGAUCAGGCUGCAGGAACAAUCAAGGAGGACCGCCUGAAGGUCAUGACCCGGCCAACCUUCCUGUAUCGCAUCUCGGGUGCUCCUCCAAAGAGUUGGCGUCUUCAAGCAUUGCCAGAAGGCCCCUUCACUGCUCGAUGCGACCUGCCAGCGGAUGUUGUUGAAAUGGUGAGCCGCAAGAUCUAUGUCACCUACUCGCCCAACUGCAAGCAGUUUCCUGCAGAAGGCCACAUGAUCAAUCUCAUGAUCGCUCCGACCCUCCGGCGCAUCUGGCCCUAUGAGGUGAUCCUGGAUGUGUUGCGCCCUGCUCGCAUCACCGCCUUCGGCGCAGGAUUCCUGGGGCUUCCCGAUUUGCGGCUGCGCCUGGCUGGCCGACUGGUCACGGGACUUCAGGCAAGUUGA